AUGUCCAUGUUGGUGGGCCCACCGAAACGAAAGCUUCACGAGGUCGUGACUUUGGACGAUGGACCUCGAAAGUACAGCUCAGGCACCGUUGCCUCUUCUACUGUUCAGAAUACAUCCCGAACCCAUUCUCGUCGAUCGAGUGAAGUUAGAGAAGCAUCCGGAGAUUCGCGUCCACCCUCGUUGAGAAAAUUACAAUCAAACCGCAGAUCCCCGGUUCUGUUUGAACAUGGCCAUCUUCAAACCCUGCGGACCUUCAACCCGAAGGCAUCCAUCGUAUUGAUUGGAAUCCGUGGCACAGGAAAGUCAAGCCUGGCAGUCAUCCUCGCAGCGACAUCUGGACGACGAUUGAUCGACGCAGACCGCUACUUUCAACAAAGUGUAGGAUGUUCCCGUGCUGUGUUCAAAAAGGAAAAUGAUGGAUCCGUAUAUCGGCAACAAGAGGCUCGGGUCUUUGAGUCGAUGUUAUCAGAUAACAAAGAGGGAUGUGUUAUAGCGUGUGGGGCCGGGUCGAUGGAACGCAAUGGCCAAAGACUCCUUAGGAAAUUUGCGCAGACACAUCCUGUUAUCCACGUUAUUCGAGAUCCAGAGAGCAUUCAGUCGUAUCUCAAAGCGUGGGAUACGCAAAAGGUGCGACAUUUCCUAGAACUGUCAGGCCCGAUAUAUCGAGGAUGCUCCAAUCUCGAGUUUUUCAACCUAUCAGAGGCUAGAAGUGAGGAUCUGUCCAAGGAUAGCGACAACUCAUCACCGCCACACCGAACAGAACCUAGAUCACACACUCCAAUUCCGUUCUUAAUGUUGAAACGAGUCCAGCGAGACUUUCUUCGAUUCAUUGCCUUUAUCACUGGUGAUAUUGCAGAACUUAACAGCCAGCACGCAUCUUUCCCACUGUCGCUGUUGCCUGUGGAAUCUCGGUAUGUGAGAAGAAUGUGGAUAUUGAGCAGCUGGAAUUCACCGCCGAUGCCUUCGAACUGGCAGUCGACGUAA